AUGGUAAUAAUGAUUCCAUGCUUUUCUGGUAUUGUUGUUACUUUGUAUUUCUUCUUCUUUGAUUCUGUCGUUCUACACACUCUUGCUUCUCCUACCGUCCAUCUUUGCCGCCAUGACCAACGAGAUGCUCUUCUCGAGUUCAAACACGAGUUUCCUAAAGCAGAUAUGAAGUCUUCUAGUAGCGCUUACGAUAUGAGUUCAUGGAACAAGAGUAGUGAUUGCUGUUCUUGGGGGGCUGUCAAAUGCGAUGCUAAAUCUGGCCAGGUGAUUUCACUUGAACUUUUUAACCUCGCUCUCAACAACUCUUUGAAACCAAACAGUGGUCUUUUCAAACUCCAAUAUCUUCAAAGGCUAUCCAUUUUAAAGUGCAAUCUCUACGGAGAGAUUCUUUCUUCAUUUGGAAACCUUUCUGAUCUCAUGGAGCUUACACUUGUGUAUAACAUAUUAGUUGGUCAAGUUCCUGCUUCAGUUGGAAACUUAACCCAACUUAGGUCCCUUACCCUUUAUGGAAACGAGUUAAGUGGCAAAUUUUCUGUUUUUUUUACCAACUUCACGAAAUUGUUCGAACUCGAUCUCAAUGAUAACUACUUUGAACCCGAGAUUCUACCCGACAUGAGUCAAUUCCACAACUUGAAGUUUUUUUAUGUGCGUGGAAACUCAUUUUCCGGGUCGUUUCCUACAUCCUUGUUCACGAUUCCUUUGUUAGAGUGGGUUAAUCUGGGAGAAAAUAACUUCACGGGACCCAUAGAUUUUGGGAACGUAUCUUUAUUUUCUAGGCUUCAAUUUCUAUACCUUGCUGAUAACAAAUUCGAUGGCCGAAUCCCUGAAUCCAUAUCUAAAUUUCUCACACUCAAAGAAUUAGAUCUCCAUAACAACUCAUUUUCUGGGCCUUUCCCUACGACCUUGUUUACGAUGCCUUCGUUACAAUGGGCUGAUUUGGCGAGAAACCAGUUCGAGGGAACUAUUGAUUUUGGGAAUAUACUGUCAUCGUCCAACCUUGGUGUUCUAGACCUUUCUGAUAACAAAUUCGAUGGCCAAAUCCCUGAAUCGAUAUCCAAAUUUCUCAAACUCGCAGAGUUAGAUCUUUCCAACAAUAAGUUAGAAGGCAAAGUUCCAGGUUGCUUACUGAGACUAGAAUCGCUGAAGCUUUCUCACAACUCGUUUAGUAGUUUCGGAAAAUCAUCUCAAGUUAUGAUGGAUCAAGCACAAAUGCGUGAGUUGCGUCUUGAUUCGAAUUCAUUCCAUGGACCAUUUCCCCGCUGGAUCUGCAUGCUUAGAUCGCUGGAGCUCUUAGACUUGUCCAACAAUAGCUUCAACGGCUCGGUUCCUCCAUGUGUAAGGAGUUUUGUUGAAAGACUUCAAGUGCUUAACCUACGAAAGAACAAUUUCAGUGGGAUUCUACCAGAUGUGUUUGCCAAUGCUUUUCAUUUACAGGCACUUGAUGUUAGUCGCAAUCGGUUGGAAGGAAGACUCCCUGAAUCCUUGAUCAAUUGCACAUUCAUGAGACUAUUGAAUGUGGAAGUAAACAAAUUCAAUGACAAGUUUCCAUCUUGGUUGGGUUCUCUUCCACGGUUAAGUGUCCUCAUCCUACGAUCAAACCAAUUAUAUGGGCCAAUUAGCUCCACUGGGUUUCAAACAUUAAAAGUCAUUGAUAUCUCACAUAAUGACUUUAGUGGAACCUUGCCCACUUUCUAUUUUUCCAAUUGGCUUGAAAUGAGUCAAAUGAAUCCAUUAAGCUUUGACUCAUACAUGGGAUAUUACAUCCUUAGCAGUUCAGGUUUUUACAUUAGUUCAAUGGAAAUGGUGCACAAAGGUGUAGAUACAGAGUUUGAGAAGAUCCGUACAGAUUAUACAUCCAUUGAUUUUUCAAGCAACAUGUUUGAUGGAAAGAUCCCUGAAUCCAUUGGCUUGCUGAAAGAAUUACGUUAUCUCAACAUGUCGAAUAAUGCUUUCACUAGCAAUAUACCUCAACCAUUGGCAAAUUUGACAAUUCUUGAGUCAUUAGAUUUAUCCCAGAAUCAGCUGUCAGGUCAGAUUCCUGGAGAUCUUGGUGAGCUCUCCUUUUUGUCAACCAUGAACUUUGCCCACAACAAUCUCGAAGGUCCAAUACCACGAGGCACACAGUUUCAGCGCCAAAAUUGUUCUUCCUUCAUGGACAAUCCCAAACUCUCCAAUCUCGAGGACGUAUGUGGAAAACCUCAUGACUCGAAUCUUACAUCACAGGAAUCGGUAGAACCUGAGGAACCAGUUAUUAAUUGGAUAGCAGUGGCAAUAGCGUAUGGACCUGGUGUUUUUUGUGGAUUGGUGAUGGGACAUAUCUUCGUUUCACACAAGCACGAGUGGCUCAUGGAAAAGUUUGGUAGAAAAAAGUCCAGAGUUUUCAUCAGAAGCGCUCGUUGAACACUUCCUCUUGUCAUCUCUCUAAGCAUUUGUCAGGCUUAUGUACGUGUUUGUAAUAUUUUGUCACGAUAUGUGUUCUCCGAAAACUCUUUUCUAUGUUGUAAUUUUCUAAUUUAUGUUUUUGUAAUAAAUUUCUUACGUGGCAGUUUGGGUCAUAUAGGUUUUUGGAAACUAAAGUGGAAGUGAAAUAGAAGCGUACAAAUUAGAUAUGUAAAAUCUA